AUGGUGUUUGUAUCGCUGGACGGCUGCGCCGAUGCACCGAGCGCCGUCGCCGACAGCGCGCCCAACGAGCACGUGGUCGCGGUGCGCGUGACGCCGGGGUCGCCGCCCAAGCCCGUCAAGAGCAUCUCGCCCGUCAAGACGCUCGACGACGAGUUCGUCGUCUUUGUCUCGGACCGCGCGACGACCGACCGCUGGGCAUUGCGCAAGACGUACCACCAGGUCGCCGACUUGCACUGUAGCAUCAAGGGGUGUGUCAGCGCCAGCACGUGUCGGCGCUUUGCGUGCUGUGGCCCACUGCGGCGCGUCGCCAAGGCCCGCAUGCCCCGUCAAGCGCGGCGCAUCUGCUUUCGCUUCGAGGCGACGCAAAUGACCUUGGAUGCCAAGGCCGCGCAGCGCACGAUUGGCGUCGAAGAGUACUUGAACGAAACGAUCCAGGCCACGAACGGCCGCGACGCCGAGUGCCCGAGCCUCGACGCGGCCCGGACCGCCCUCGACGCCUUCCUCGAGGUCGCGCGCCGACGCGAAGCCAAAGCGUCGGCGACCAUCGAAGCGCUUCUCCACGGUCUCCGCAUCACGGACGCCGUCUCGGUGCACAUCGAGUGCUCCGUGUGCUUGACGAGCUUCCGCGACGACGCCAACGCCGUCCAGCUGCCGUGCCUUCAUGUGUUCCACGCGCCGUGCGCCGAGCAGUGGCUCGCAAAGAGCACGACGUGUCCCGUCUGUCGGCAGCCCGUGACCUCGUCGUGA